AUGAGCGAUGAGGAUGUUGCAGCUCUUGUCAUUGAUAACGGGUCCGGAAUGUGCAAAGCUGGAUUUGCCGGCGACGAUGCGCCACGGGCUGUGUUUCCAUCGAUCGUUGGAAGACCUCGGCAUCAGGGUGUGAUGGUUGGAAUGGGACAGAAAGACAGCUAUGUUGGUGACGAGGCCCAGUCCAAGAGAGGUAUCCUUACUCUCAAGUACCCCAUUGAACACGGCAUUGUCACAAACUGGGAUGAUAUGGAGAAGAUCUGGCAUCACACCUUCUACAAUGAGCUGAGAGUUGCCCCAGAAGAACACCCAGUCCUGCUCACAGAAGCCCCUCUGAACCCCAAAGCCAACAGAGAAAAGAUGACCCAGAUCAUGUUUGAAACCUUUAAUUCUCCAGCGAUGUAUGUGGCAAUUCAAGCCGUGCUUUCCCUGUAUGCUUCAGGUCGUACCACAGGUAUUGUUCUGGACUCUGGUGAUGGUGUUACCCACACAGUCCCCAUCUACGAAGGUUACGCUCUUCCCCACGCCAUCAUGAGAUUGGACCUGGCUGGCCGUGACCUCACAGAUUACCUGAUGAAGAUCCUCACUGAGAGAGGCUACAGCUUCACCACCACAGCUGAGAGAGAAAUUGUUCGGGACAUCAAGGAGAAGCUUUGCUAUGUUGCUCUUGACUUUGAGCAGGAGAUGGGCACAGCUGCUUCAUCAUCCACCCUGGAGAAAAGCUACGAAUUACCUGAUGGGCAAGUCAUCACCAUUGGCAACGAGAGAUUUCGUACACCAGAAGCAAUGUUCCAGCCAUCAUUCCUUGGAAUGGAAUCGGCCGGCGUGCAUGAGACCACCUACAACUCCAUCAUGAAGUGUGAUGUUGACAUCCGUAAGGACUUGUAUGCCAACACGGUUUUAUCUGGGGGAUCUACCAUGUACCCAGGGAUUGCAGACCGCAUGCAGAAGGAGAUUACCGCCUUGGCACCAAGUACUAUGAAAAUCAAGAUCAUUGCUCCUCCAGAACGCAAGUAUUCCGUGUGGAUUGGGGGUUCCAUUCUAGCUUCCCUGUCCACUUUCCAGCAGAUGUGGAUCUCUAAACAGGAAUAUGAUGAAUCAGGGCCAGCCAUUGUUCACCGAAAAUGCUUCUGA